GAGAAGGCGGUCAUUCAUAAAUACUGAGAGAGAGCCAUAUUAAUAUCGAUCAGUUAAUAUCCUUGUGAGGUUGGGGCAUGGCAUAUUUCCCGCCGUAUUUUUGUUUCCGCUAUUUUAUUAGAAUCUUAAAUAUAGAUUGAAAAAUAGUGGGAAAAAAACGAACUAAGUUAAUUAUUGGUUAGCAAAAACUAAAAUGUUAGAUAUGUUAUCAGAAUACUAAUGCCACUAAGACGUCGUGUUUAUCAUCAAGCAUUGGGACUGAAACUGGAAUUUAACUACAAGUGACAUUUCGAAUCCCUUUGGACAUUUUACACAGUUAUACCAUUGGAAUGAAAAUUUGUUGGUUAGUUCCAGGGAAAAAUAAAUCCUCUGAUCAUCUAUGCAAUGCAUCAGACGGACAACGGCAAGAAGCUGAGCUCGGAAGCUAAUCUUGGGCUUACAAAUUAUCUCGCCAAAAAAGAUUACAAAAUAAUAAAGAAAAUCGGAGAAGGCACGUUUUCCGAAGUGAUGAGGGUGCAAAACCUUAAGGACGGGAAACACUAUGCGUGUAAAACUAUGAAGCAGAGCAUUAACAGCCUGGAACAGGCACACAACCUCCGUGAGGUCCAAGCAAUGAAGAGACUGAGUUUACAUCCUAAUAUACUGCAGCUUCAUGAAGUAAUAUUCGACAAAGACACAAGGACCUUGUCUUUGAUAUGUGAACUUAUGGAGAUGAAUAUCUAUGAGUUGAUUAGAGGAAGACAGUAUCCUUUAUCUGAAAGCAAAGUCAAAAACUACAUGUAUCAGCUUUGUAAAGCUCUGGAUCAUAUGCACAGCAAUGGGAUUUUCCACAGAGAUGUGAAACCAGAGAAUAUUUUAAUUAAACAUGAUGUCCUGAAACUGGCAGACUUUGGCUCCUCUAGGAGUGUGUAUUGCAAGCCUCCUCACACAGAAUACAUCUCUACACGGUGGUACAGAGCUCCAGAGUGUCUGCUUACAGAUGGAUACUACUCACUCAAAAUGGACAUGUGGAGUGCAGGCUGUGUGUUCUUUGAAAUUCUCAGCUUGAAUCCUCUGUUUCCAGGGACUAAUGAGGUUGAUCAGGUAUCCAAGAUUCAUGAUGUUUUGGGCACACCAGACAGCACAGUUCUCCAAAAGUUCAAACAGUCUCGAGUGAUGCCUUUCGAUUUCUUGCCUCGGAAAGGCUGUGGGCUUUCUCAGCUGAUCCCUCACUGCUCAGCUCCUAGCCUCUCUUUGCUCUAUCAGAUGCUGGCUUAUGAUCCAGAUGAACGCAUAAGUCCACGUGCAGCACUGCAGCACACCUGUUUCCGAGAGCUACGACUGGCAGAGAAAAGAGCUCUAGGGCUUCACAGGACUAUUGGGGUUGUGGAGGAUAGCAGUGUCAUGACUCCAGGAUCAGGAGAGCAAUUCUGGCGCAAUACUCGUCAGGGGAGACGCCAGCAGCAGCUGAAGCAUGUAGCCGAACCACUCAGCAGACAUGUUUUGCCUCGUUAUCCUGUGGAGCUCCCAAAGCUGAAUAUGGCAGUGCCCAAUUCUAAAGUGCCCUACCCUGUGUCCAGUCUGCCUGCUUUGGCUAUACCACACCAGGGGUUGCUGCCAGCGAUCACCUCCAAAAAGUGCCAUUCUCGCUCAACGAAGCCCAGGGAAGAGCCACACCGCUCAUCAUUAAAGAGCUACUACAUGCCUCCUCUGGAGAGAAAAGGUGGAGGCUACUGAAGUCCAGCCCACAAAUGCGCAGCUGUGCAACUAAACAAUGUUCAAAAAAUGUAAAAAUGUAUGAGCAUUAAACAGUAGAAGUAAAGAAUGUCGUCAUUCUCUGGAGAGACACAUUCCAUCAAGUGACUCCUA